AAAACAAGGAAAUAACCUCCAGAGAGGAAAAGCAACGGGUUGGGUCGUUUCUUUCUGGGGAUGAACUGCUUCAUUUUUUUGAGCUCGUAAAAUCUUUUAAUAAUCUUGUCAAGAUUUAGACGCAUUAAAUUAGGACACAAUGCCCACUUGAAUUGGCAGUAACAACUUCAAAUCACUUAUUUUGGGUUAGAGUAUUGUGAUCAAUCUGAUGUGAUUUUUUUUAUACAGAGUAUAAAGCCUUGCUUGCCUCAUCUGGAGCGCCCGCCCAUUGGGCUUUCUGCGGAGCGAUAGUGGAGAGAUUGAUUAUAAGGUCUACGGGAUUUGCCGUGGAAAAAAACAGAGCCUGCUUGGACUGCUUGCUCGUGAUCCUGCGCUCCCAUCAGUGAGGGGAAGGAAAUUUAUCCGGGACUUAUUCCAGUCUGACUCCCAAAACCGUCAGCACUCCCCGCCUCCCUUCGUGUAUCCAGAUACGCAGGAGUCACGCCGGACUUUUAGUUUUUACUGAGGAGGCUGCGAGUGCGAAUCGCCUCCGCAGUCUCGGAUGCGUAGUGAGCCGGUGCUGCGAGUGAGUGGGUUGGGUCGCCUACGCGCUGGGCAUACGCACACUUCAUCGUCAGCGAUAAAAGCAGAUAGGUGAGGGUAAAGGCGAGAGGAAACGACAUCGGAGGCUUUUUAUUUAUUUAUUUUAAACAGAAGGACGUUGUAGAGAGGUGGGUCGCACAUUUGGAAAGCCGCCAGCUGUGGAUUUGACUCUCAAGGAAGCUUUUUUAUUCUUCUUCUUGCCUCCGGGGUUUUGUAGACCUCCUUAUUUUCUGGUUCAGGACCAGCAGCUGAUCACACUGUCAGACGCCACCGGCUUCUCAUCUAAAAGGAGGGGAUAUUAAAAGUGGAUCAGCGGAGCAACACACACACAUACAAUGGCAACCGGUGCGCUCUUUCUAGUCUGCGCGCUGCUUGCCGGUGUCGCUGUGGCUCAGCGAGUGGUAACGGUGCAGAGUGGGCCGCUCGUACGGACUGAAGGCUCACACGUGACCAUCUGGUGCAAUGUGACGGGCUACAAAGAGGGGACGGAGCAGAACUUCGAGUGGUCCAUGUACCUCCCUUCAGUACCAGACCGGGAGAUUCGCAUUGUGAGCACAGCUACGAAAAACUAUGCCUAUGCCGUAUAUUCCCAGAGGGUGACUAGUGGGGAGAUCUUUGUGGAGAAGCUGAGCAGUGACUCAGCUGUGCUGCACAUCACCAAAGUGCAGGCCAAGGACCAAGGUCUGUUUGAGUGUUACACACCCAAUACAGACGGGCGGUACCUGGGAUCCUACAGUGCACGCACCAACCUCACUGUUAUUGCUGACUCUUUGACAGUAACAGCUCCGGCCCAGACUUUGUCCAAAGUGGAAGGCGACACGCUACAGCUUACCUGCGAGGUGUCUCGGACCACAGUGCAGCACACUCACUUGUCAGUAGGCUGGUACUUAAGGUCCCCAGAGGACCCAACCGCCCCGCCUCAGGAGUUAGUCACAUUGUCAAGAGACUUCGUUUUGCGCUCUGGGGGGCCGUAUCGGCAGAGAAUGGCAGCGGGGGACCUCAGGCUGGAUAAAACGGGCGCUACAGCCUACAGGCUGACCAUUCACAAGCUGCAGCCAGUCGACCAGGGGCUGCUCUACUGCCAAGCUGCUGAGUGGAUUCAGGACCCAGAUGGAAGCUGGUUUGCUAUGACCCGCAAGCAGAGCGACAAGACUCAGCUCCGUAUUCAGCCCACUGACCGGGAUUUCAGCAUCCAGGUGAGCACGGAGCGACGGUCCUUCACGGCCGGUGAGCCGCUGGAGCUUCGCUGCACCAUUGAGGCGCAGAAUGUCCCCGAGCGUUUCUUCUCGGUGUCGUGGGUCUUCAGCAGCUCACCGGUGGCCGUGGUGGGCCCCAGUGCCGUGCCUAAUCUGGGCCCCGAUUAUGUCGCCCGGGAGGCCGCCGGUCAAAUGACUGUGCGCAAAGAGAGCGUCAACGUGCACCUGCUCAAGCUGCAGCACUUGCGCCCUGAAGAUGCCGGCAAGUAUAUCUGCCGCGUAACAGAGCGGGAGAAGACGCCCACGGGUGACUUCAUCGACCGCAGCAAGAGAUCCCGCAAUGUCCAGAUCACAGUCCAGGCACUGAAGAGCAACAUCACAGUGUUCUUGUCCAGUAACUCCUCAGUGGUCCUAGAGGGUGACGUGAUCCAGCUGACCUGCACAGUCCACGCUACCACGGGCCCCGUGUCUGUUGUCUGGCAGUGGACAGACAGCAAAACAGCUUCACUGACCAAGGAAGUGGCUUCCAUUGAUCGGGACGGCACAAUAUGGCAUAGCCCCAGCUACAGAGAGCGUGCCAGUUAUGGGGAGAUACGCGUGGAGAAGGUGCGAGCUGACACAUUCUCUCUUUCCAUACACAACGCCUUACCUGGGGACAGGGGCCUGUACCGCUGCUCAGCCACUGAGUGGCUUCACACCGGCUCUGAAUCUGAGCUAAACUGGGAGAAGAGUGAAGAAAGAUCCGACACCAAGAUGGUCAAUGUCACAACUGUCGAGUCCUCCUUCUCUGUGUCGGCCUCAUCGCGCACACCAUCCAUAACCUUCGGAGACUCCUUUGAUCUCCUGUGCCUGGUCAAGCCCCGCCAUAACCCACGCGUCCCCACUUCCGUCACCUGGCACUUUAAGCCAGCUGGAACAGAAAUCGAUGGCGAGGCUGAAGGAGAGUUCAAAGAACUGGUGACUUUCACACGCGAAGGCACGCUGCAGUGGGGAGAGCAACUGCUGGGAUUGGGCACCCGCACCACCGUGGACCGCUCCCACUCCCACACCAAUUUCUGGCUGUCUGUGACCCGGGCUGGGCGCCGUGAGGCGGGCAAAUAUCGUUGCACUGCAGUCCUGUGGAGGAGGAACUACGACAACAGCUGGAGCAGAGUGGCCAAUCGCACUUCCAACCCACUUGGCAUCAGUGUCCUACAGCCAGAGAGUAAGCUGAGAGUGCAAAAGAACAACCAGUCUCAGGUGUACCUGGAAGACAGCCGUGUCAGGAUCAAUUGCUCCAUCACCUCCCAGACCAACCAGGACUCCCAGCAUACCGUGAUGUGGUACGUGAGACGAGCGACCGGGUCGGAGGCUGAUGAGCUCCUGCUGAGGAUCGAACGCUCCGGGGCCUUCGAAUAUGGCGCCUACGCAGAUGAGGAGAGACUGAGACGGCGUGUGCAGGCUGAGAGGUUGUCACCCCGUCUGUAUGUGCUGACGCUGAACAGGGCUGAAAGCAGCGAUUCUGGCACGUACUACUGCUUGGUGGAGGAGUGGCUGAGUGACCCAGAUGGAGUCUGGUAUCGACUCUCCCGGGAUUCCUCGGGGUUCACGCAGGUUCUGGUCAGAAAACCAGAGGUUCGCUUGCAGGUUGAAGAACUGGAGUCAAACAUGACUGUGGAAGAGUCCGGUCCAAUCCGACUAGGCUGCAGCAUUCCCUCACAGUCAUCCCGAAACUCCCGCUUCUCCGUGUCCUGGUAUGUAGAGCGCCCUAAAAACGACAACAAUGAGGAUCAGCCAGGGGAAGAAGAAGAAGGAGACCGGGAGUGCGUGUUCUCCAUUGGACAUGAUGCCGUUUUUGGAAAUGGAAACUGCAGCCCCAUAGAGGAACCCGGGCCAAAUUCUCGCUUGCAGUUUGAGAGGAUGGCCUCUGAUCAGUACAGCCUGACCAUUCAAGGGGCCCGGUCAACAGACGGGGGCCGAUACUACUGCCACGUCGAAGAGUGGCUGCUCAACCCCCGCAACGUAUGGUACCGCCUGGCCACCAACAAUUCUGGGUACACUAUUGUCAAUGUAUUACAACAAGUGUCCACCGUCCAGUCAGUGGUGUGCUCCAAUAGCUCCCUCUUCUACUUUGUCUUUUUUUAUCCCUUCCCCAUUUUUGGCAUCCUCCUCAUCGCCCUGCUGCUAGUCCGCUACAAGAGCCGCAACAACAGCAAGAGCCAAGAAGGCAAGAACGGUGCUCCCUUACUGUGGAUUAAAGAACCUCACCUCAGUUACUCUCCCACCUGCCUGGACCCGCCAGCUCUCAGCCUGCACCCCGGCUCGGUCGACUAAGCAAGGGUCCUGCCCGACUGCCUCGCUUAAAUCGUGGAUUUAGCCUACACUAUGCCAGGGAGCAGAUCUGGACUCCACCUUCAGACCUUACUGUCGUUCACUGCUGUGUUGAAUUAGUCAAUCAGUUGAUCAGUUUGAAAAUUCACACCCUGGUGGCUGUCUGUUUUAUGUUAAAAAAGUGUGUGUGUGUGUGGAUGAGGUUGUGUCUAGUGUGUAAGCACAAUUAACUGUGCACGUGCAAAGUAUGGGAAAGGAAGUAUCAUGAGGCUCUCUCAUUUUCUUUUUGUUUUGUCUUUUUUUUGUGAAUCUUAAUUUCUUAGUUGCAUCUUUAUUACUCUGAAUAUUCGUCUAUUUUUCAAAAGAGUGCGGGGAGGGAAAAAAACUGUGCACAUGAGAUCACGGGCCAAUUUAGGAAGAACAUUUAAGAGAAGGAACUCUAUAAUCAACUCUGGCAUUAAGAGUAUGCCAAAAAAAAGUCUCAGCACUGAUCCAGGAGCAGCUACAGCCUUGCCCACUAUGCUGGUUGCCAUAGUGAUGCUUUGCGCCCACUGACUUCGUAGCUGCCGACUUGGUUGCCAGGCUGCAUAGAGACAAAGGCUAGGACACACAAGUCUGUGUCCUAAGUGAGGAUGUGUGUAUGUGUGUUGGCCCACCUGCCUUCACAAUGAGUUUAGCUUGGCAGACAGAAACAGGUCCUGGUGUGCCACUUAAACACUGCCAGACACUCUGGCCUUAGUGGGAGACUGUCCCACUCUUCUUCUCCCAGAAAAGAAACUGCAAGCGAAAGAGUGGGAGAUGGGGAAAUUAUGGAAAAUAAAUGAACAGCUCCCUCCUGCUGAGGAUAUAUGUACUUUAACACAAGUGAUUUUUUCUCAGUGCCAAGUCCUCCUUAUUUCCUCAACAGCUACUCUUUGAAAUUUUAAAGAGGGGGGGGGGGGGUUCAAAGGCAGAUUGUAAAUACGUCUUCUUACCUCCUGCUGUGGAUUUAUGGGACUUGUUGGCAAAAACAAAAGAAAAAAAUGUACUCAUGUUGAAUCAGUUGAGUUGUCCUGGUUGAAUUUCCACAUUCUUGAUUGAAAUUGAAUUCUUGCACAUUUCUUUGAAUUCCCCCGUACGACCACGAAGUCCUACAUCUUUAAAAGAUAUCAGAUGCAUAUUUUUUUUAAGGGAUUUGUAUAGCGCCACACUGAAGAUUAAAAAUGUGUAGAUGUAUCAUAAACCACUAAACACAUUAUCUGCACAUCAGAAGACCAGUUUAUGAUGACAAAUGUUUGACUUUUGUGAUUAUUCUAAGGUUGUUGUUUUUUUCUAUUUAUUGUUUUAUACUGUUUUGCAUAGCUUUGUAAGAUUUUCUUUUUUGCUUUGAAUUUCAAAAAAGAAAAAAAACUGCUUCUGCUUGUGUUGCCAGGCAACUGCACCAAGCACAUAUGUCAAUAGCCUGUGUGUUGACAAUGUGGUAGAAGUAGAAAUGCUAGAUUUGUCCUGCGCAUUUCAUACCAGGUUGUCAAGUUCGGUCAGUGUCAAAACACUGUAUAUCUAUAACUAUAAUGAAAUUUACUGUGGCUUUAAAUAUACAAUAGUUGACCAGGCAAGUCACAAAAAUAGAUUCACGUAAAUGCUUAUUCAAUUUUUUUUUUUUUUUUUUGCUUGAGUCGCAUUUAUUUAGUGAAGUGUGAUGUAACACCUUAGGUAGGAUGUUUGGUCAAAGACAGCGGAACUGUUUAACAUGUCUUCUAAUCAAGGAUUCUGGCUGAAGGCAUCCGCUUCAGCUCCCCUGACGCAAGGGAGAAGGAUUGAAAACCUCUGUUGCCUUCUCUGGAGUGCCAGGGGAGGUGUGAAAUCCUCUAUCCAAUGUGGGCCUAACCCCCAUUCACUGCCAGACUGGACAUGAGAACUCUUGAGAAACGUGACAUUAUUGUCGUCUCAGUCGUGUCAACGUGUAUAUUGCAUGACAAUAUUGCAGGAGGAAAUUUGAUGUUUUGUAAACUUCGAACUCUGUGAAUUGUGUUCGUGUGACAGAGCCCAGCCCAGCCCCUCCCCCGCCCCCACCCCAAACUUCCUGAGCCAAGAGCGAAUACGAAGCCCCGGCCCCAGUCAUCAUUUACGAUAUCUGACUGCCAAUUCUACAUGCCCUUUGAGCCUGUGAAAUAGAUCAUUUCAAGAAUGGGUGUUGUGGAGACUGUGUUUGAUAUUUAUUGCUCCUAUUCGUCUUUUUAAUGCUUUGCUUUUAUGCAGCAUUUCAUUAAACAUAUUUAUGUCAAGAAAAA